CAUUUAAACGGAUAUUAUCUCGCCGUUUCUUCAGUUACUUUAACGGAAGUGACGAUGUCCAUCCUGUAGGAACAUUUUUAAUCUACUUCAGUUUAACAGACAGGCGUCACAUUCUUACAUGUAUAUGUGAUUUUUAUUAACGGAAUUAUUUUACUGUUCGCUUCGGCCACAGUUACGACAGAUUACGUGUAUUUCACAACUUAAUCGAACAUCCGGCCGGCGGUGAUGUUUUGGUGACGGACCACAGACGCUCACUUCGACUUCCGGUCGGUGUUUACAACAUGUGAGUGAUCAUGGCGGCCCCCGCUCAGGAGGGAACUCUGGUCGGACUGUGUGAUGGAGAGAUCGACAGUAAGCGGCAUCAGUCUUCGUAUCUGACCAACAAAGUCGGGGGUCUGCCGGACUGGCUGCCGGUCAUUACCCGGCAGUCUCCCCGCUGUGGACGCUGCGGAGCCCCGCUGGUCCAUGUGGUGCAGGUGUACUGUCCCCUGGAUGUCUCCCCCUACCACAGACACCUCCACCUGUUCGCGUGCCCGGGUGCCGAGUGCGGCAGCGGGGCGGAGUGUUGGAGGGUGCUCCGCUCUCAGUGCCUGGAGGCGGAGGUGGCAGCAGCGCGGACACCCAGCCGGCCUCUCCCGGCUCAGGAGGCUCCUCUGGCGGCCACAGACUGGUGUGACACCGCCGAUGACUGGGGGAUGGAGGAGGAGGAGGAGGAGGAUGGAAUGGGAGGAGACGUGAAGAAGGACAGCCAGGAGGAGGCAGCAGCUCCUGAAGCAGACGCAGCCGGUGGGAGUGACGUCAGCAGCUGCCUGCAGGAUCUCAGUUUGGGAGAGUCACAGGAGGACGUUCCUGUCCUCCGUCCUUUCUUCAUCAGUGUGGUGGAGGAGGCAGAUCUGGGUGGAGAGGAAGACGACCUGCAGCACGCUCAGCAGCUGCUGAAGGAGUACGAGAGGAGGGAAGGAGUGACGGUGGGAGAGCUGGAGGACGGCGAGGGCGGCGGCGGGGAGGAGAAGUACGAGAAGACGAGAGCCCGGCACGGAGACGCUGUCUUCUCCAGGUUCAUGAAGAGGAUCUCGCUGUGUCCUCAGCAGAUCCUGCGCUACUGUCGCGGCGGAAAACCGCUCUUCAUCUCCGAUCCGCCAUCCAACAUGGCCCAGGUGGUUCCGGCGUGCGGCUCCUGCGGAGGAUCCAGGACCUUUGAGCUGCAGCUGAUGCCGGCUCUGGUCAGCCUGCUGCAGAGGAUGGACGGCGGCGCUGAGGCACAGCUGGAGUUUGGGACGGUGCUGGUUUAUACGUGCAGAAACAGCUGCUGGGCGGCAGGAUCACGAUCAGCUGUGGAGGAGUUCUGCUUUGUUCAGACUGACCCCGACCAGAACUUAUUUAAAUGACUGAACAGGCGAUACAACAGGAGAACUGACAACUUCACAUUUAAAAAAGAAGUUAACCUGCAGUUUCUGCACAUCUGAGGGUCAGAAGGGGUCAGAUGUGCUGAUCAGAGAGUUCAUGUUCACAGCUCUGAUCAGACUGUAGUCUGUGUGUAGAUGCCGUGCAGGUCUGAAUCAGCUGUAAUUACACUGACGUUGAUGAAAAGCAGAUCAUAUAAAUUCCCCACGGUGCACCUCCACCUGCAGCUCUGUGAGAACAUUGGUCCUGUCUGUGUGAUCCAGUGCAGAUUUGCUCUUUAAUAACGUUCUCUGGUUUGAUCCUGCAGGAAGCUAAUAUUAGCUGCUCUGACCUUUGACCUCCCUGUAAUGAAAUGUCGCUGCGCUGAGAGCUCAAAGUGCCUUUAAUGUGUUUGUGCAUGAAGGGAACGACACCGUAAGAAAUGAUGCUGCUUCUGAAAUUCUUUAUGGAGACGGUUUACACACAAUAAACUAUUUUACAGUUCUCA